AUGCUGCGCUGUCAGAGGCACAUGCUGCGCCUGUCAGAGGCACAUGCUGCCCUGCGGCGCGUAGGAGGCCACGUCGUGGAGGCCGCCGACCUCGUCGAGAAGGUGAAGAGCUUCGCGAAGCGUUAUCCGAAUAGUCGGACAGCUCAUGGGAUAUCCUCGAUGUUUGUUCGACAAGAAGAAAAGUUGAAAUCGAAGCUUAUGGAGCUGGGUCUCACGGUAGACUCAGUCGAUGGAGUAGACGGCAGAUCGUUUCGAGCCACAGAGGUCAGCAUUGCACACGACCGGUCCUUCAAGCUUCGAGCCAAGCGAGGACCUUGGGGCAAGGGAGGGAGCCUUGCCGAGCUAUCGCAGCUCUUAGCUCUUGGAGGAAUGUCGACGGCCGAGAUCGCUCAGAUUUAUCGAUUUCUAGG